AGUCAUUUCAGUGCCAAAUCGCUAACGCGCAACGUAGAACGUUUUAUAAUUACGGUUGAACGCCUAAAUUGUUUAAUUUAAUUUAAAUUUCCAAAACCAAGUGAGCUUUGUGGGUUUCAAAAAUGACAUUUUGGGCAGAUCGUCCACAAACGAUUGCCGUUAUACCGGAUGCCUUUAUCUUUCUCACAUCGGGCAUGAACUUGGCUCUCGGUCUGGGCUAUUACUAUGAUCCCGUUUCGACGCAUUUUCUAUUCUCAUGGUUCGUUGGCGUAAUCAUUGGUACGCUCUUAUCUGCUUCACUGAUACAAGUCUUAAUCAAGCGUUACUUUGUGUUGCUGAGCAGCUUCUUAGUUGUAGUGGCUGGCAUUUUAUACACCGCCUGCCCUGACGACGCUAUAGCACUACUCGCAGCGCGUUACAUAAACGGCAUCGGUACCGGCCUAAUCAUUGUGCCCUUCAUUGUGCACUGCAGUGAGAUAAGCGCCACACCGAAGCGCGGCUUCGAACUGGGGCUCGAACAACUCUGCACAGCGUUGGGCAUAUUUAUACAAGCCACUUAUAUAGCUUUGUGGAAUCCCGAAAACAGCUUCUCGCCGACACGUGUACAUGGCAUCUUUUGUUUGGGUUUCGGUUUGGGCGCGCUUGGUUUGGCCUAUCUCGUCAUCGAAUCGCCAAUAUUUUAUAUACGUCAUAGCAAUGAUGCCGAGGCCUUGAAUUCGUUGACUUGCCUUCAAUUGCCCACGGUGUUGUCGGAUGAGAAGAAGUUGUUGUUGGAGGAGCAUAAGAACUACGUGUUGUUGAAUGAGUAUUUCGAUACCGGCAAUAGUUUCCUGCGCGGCUUAGCACCACUGCUGAGGAUGACACUUUAUCGCGCUGCUCUGGCUUUCUCCUUCUCGCUACCCUACAAUACUCAGCUGUAUUUCGCCACAAUUAUGGGCCUGAGUGGCGAAGGUCAGUGGACAUCCGCCGUCUAUACGGCGUUGCGUGUUUUGGGUGUGUUCACUGCUUUAUCCAUGGUGGAUAUGAUCGGUCGUAAACUGAUCGGUCUUGUGGGGCUGUUGGUAAUGGGUGGUCUCGGCAUCGGUAUUGCCAUAAUAUUUGCUUACAUCUCGAAUUGGAUACACGAGGAUCAAAUGAGACUGGUUUGCGUGCUGCUGAUGAUACUGCAAUUCUUCGCUGGCUUAUAUGCGCCAACAACGUCCGUCUAUCUCGGCGAGGCCUUCCCGUUGCUCAUGAAGCCAUUUUUCAUCACAUUCUGCAUAUGCGUGGAAUGCAUGGUGCAUAUUAUCGUAAUCUGUACUUACACUACGGAUCUGCAUCCAAUGUAUGUCUUCAAUACUUUUACUUAUGUCUUCAUGUUCUUCUGUUUUCUUCUGUUCCUUUUUACGAUACCCGAGACGAAAUUUACGACUCUGAAUGAGGCGCAGGAGAGAUUUCGCUCAUGGAUACAAUUAAAAUCUUGGUAGAAUUUAAUUUUAAAUGCCAUUAUUUUAUAUUAUUAGUUUGUAUUAUAUUAAAAACAUAUUUCGUUAUUAAAAUUAUUUUUUAUAUUAUAACUAG